UAUCCCUCCUCCUUCCUCCUCCGCGGCCGUUUUUCGGAGUCGAGUUCUCUCUAGGCAGCAGGCCACACCUUUCUCGCGGCGCCAGAGCGGAACCGCGGAAGUCCAGGACCUUUGGCGCGCGCCGAGGAUGGGGCUAUCGCCGCCAGCGGUGCCGGGGCGGCGCGGCGGAUCGCUGCCGUUGCGGGCGGCUGCCCUCUGCCACGGGUCCGUCGGCCACCCUGAUCGGGGCAGACGAACCCGGGCUUCCGACGAUGUGAUGUUUGCAGCCGCGAUGGUCUUCCUUCACUUCGGCCUCUGGGGGCUAUGGCGCUCCCCAGCGGGCACGAGCCCCUGCGGCUGGGGCCCCUGCAAAUCGAGUUCGAGGACGCCGCUCCGCGGCAGCGCGCGCACGCGGGCAUGCCGCCAGAGCUGAUGCAGCGGCAGGGCAUGCUGCCCGCGCUGAUGCGCCGGCAGGGGCAUCCAGGCAUGCCGUCCGAGCACAUGAUGCGCUUCGAGAGGGUGUUCCCUGAGCUGGCGGGGGCAGCGCCGCAGAGGGCGCGCGAGGCGCAGGGUGCCCAGGGGCCGACGCAUCACGAGCUCCCCUUCUCCGGGCAUCGGGCGGGUCCGCAGCUUGGGGCGCGCAGGUCCGGCAUGGGGGUCGAUUUGUUCCACGACCUGUUCCCGGGCCCUUUGGUGAUGGUGGAGGAGCCCGGAGGCCUCAGUUCGAUGGGCUUGCGGGGCAUCCAGGAGGGCCCAUUCGGCGCGCCAGAUCCAUUGAUCAUGGACAUGCUCCAGCACGUCCCAGAGAGCUUCCAGAACAACAUGCUGCCGCUCAUCCACAGUGGCGCGAACAGUUCGAGGAGAGCCCCAGCGUCCUGCCGCGCGGACCUCGUCAAGCACUGCGGCGCGGCCCGCUCGCAGGUGCACUGCCUCGGCGAGCACCGCGAGGACGUGUCGCAGGCCUGCCGCCAGGACGUGGGCAAGUCUGUGCCGUUCGUGUGCAGCAGGGAGAUCACCAGGUUUUGCAGCGUGCUGCAGCAGGGCAUCCUGCCCUGCCUCUCUGGCCGCACCGACGACGUCAGCGGGGACUGCAAAGACGCGGUGGCGGCCACGCAGGAGGUGAUCACGAAGGCCAACACCCUCCAGUCUUCGGUGGUCGACGUGAGGACGGGCGCGAAGACGGUGCACACGCCCUCCGUGGCGCCGGCCGCCGCGACCAACAAGAGCACACCGCCUCGAGGGGCGCAGCCAGCCUCGGCGCUGGCGCUAGGGCGGUCCCCGCUCCCGCUGGACGGCGUGCCCGCCGUGCCCGCGGCGCUGCGAGCGGCGGGCGCGGUCUUCCAGGAGCAGGAAGUGCCGCGGCGCGCACGAGGGGGCGGCCUUCCAGGAAGCCUAGAGUAGAGGGUUUCCGAGAGAAGCUUCCUCACGACGCCUCCGCGCCCUUCUGGGGGGGGCCCUGGCUUCUAGCGCCCUGUUGGAAGGCCGCCCGCCUCGCGUCACCCCUGCUGUGCGCGCCGCCAGACAGUGCGGCGUGAGCACAGAACCAGGAAGUCCACGCGGAUCUCUUGGGUCAGCGCUGGAGCUCCCCUCCCCUUUCAACGCCUUUGGACGGCGCCUCCAGCGCCGCCCGCAGCGAGCUCUGCGGUCUGCGCCCUCCUCGUCCUCGUAUCCCAGUGGCGCUGCCGCGACCAUCAUGCAGGUUGCCUCGCGGCUGGAAGAUGUACGCGGACAAGAUAGCCAAAAGAAACCCUCAGCCCAGGAUGUGUUUGGCGGUCAUGGAUCUCGGGGUGGGGUGGGGGCUUUUCCAGACGUCCGAUGUCGUGAUUUGUUUCGGCGCCCGUGCCCUGGAGCUCUGGACCUGUUCCGGGACCCGCUUUUCAUCCUGAGUAGUUGUGUGACGGUUUUGGCGCUUGAAUUUCGUUUCCCCUAGUAUCCACACCGAACAUUUCAAACAACGUUCGAUUUGAUGUGUUCAAACCGUCGGAGGUCCGGACAUUUUUUCGUCGCCUCCUGGCGAGGGAACUUUUGCUGACUCCUCGGCGGGGCCUGGCUGGGACCUGGAGGGCGCGGGUGCCCCCGAGGAGGGAGAGGAUGAUAUGGAGGAGGAGGAGGAGGAGGAGUUGGUUUUUAGCGUUCCGACUGGGUGAGCAGGCGUAACAGACAGCACAAUGCUUGAGGCAAUGCGCGGGAAUUUGCACCGCAGCUGUUUGGCUCAAGUGUUGUUUCCAUCCGGGGAACAAAACAGACUUCAGUCAUAUGUUUGUUCAUGGUAACCGCGCGCGGGCGAUAAUAAAGCCUACCCCCUUAGCGUUUUUUAUUGUUUCCCCUGUUCAACAGGACUUAAUUGUGGAGGA